AUGGCGGGCUACGAAGGUGCCUCUUCCUUGACCUCCCCCGUGUCCUCUGUGGUCUUCGAGGUCCGCUGCUCGCAGACACGGCCGGGAGAGGCGGUCUUCGUGGUGGGAGGCCACGAAGCGCUGGGCGCCUGGAAGACGACCAUGGCCCUUCCUUUGCAAACCUCGGCGGAGCUCUUCCCAAAGUGGCAGACCGUGAAGCCUGUCCCGCUUCCUGUGGGCUACAAUGUGGAAUACAAGUUCGUGGUGCAGAAGGAAAACCGAGAGGGCCAGGUCCAGUGGCAAAACUUCCAGGGCAACUACCGCGUUUGUCCCGUUGCUGACGAAGUGCUCCUGGCCACCUCGGACUGGGAAAAAGCAUCGGCGGAAGUGUCUAGCCUAGGGCCGGCAUCCUCCACGACUUUAAAGGAGCCCGAGAAGACGGAGGAAAAAGAUCGAGCCGUACAAAAACAGGAGAAGGAAGAGAUUCUUUUGAAAAUGGCAGAGAGUGGAGUCGACAAAGCCGCGGCGGAAGUUACUUCGACCUGCCCUUUGGCCGUCACUUUAGACAAUCGCGAGAUGCGCAGGAGGAACUUCUCACAGAGCUUGAUGGCUUUGGACGCCUCCGAGCCCCAGGCCGCCUCGGCCACCCCGCCGGGAGUCCAAAGUGAAGCGAAAGAGGCGAAAGAGAAAGACACAGUGAAAGACACGGUGAAAGACACAGUGCACACAGAGAACAGCGACGGAAGCGAGGUCAAAGAAGCGGAGACCUCUCAGACGGAACAGGCGACUUCGCUUGAGGCUCCACAGGCAACGCAGGAGCCCCAAGAGGUGCCUCAGCAUCAGCAGACGCCGCAAGAGACGGCUCAGGAGACGGCUCAACAGAGUGAAGAGCCUGCCAAAGAGCCUCCGGAGCCCGAUGUGGUGAUUACACAGACGCCCUUGGAGGACAUGGAGACAGAGGAGCCACUCCGCGUGCCAGAAGAGCCGGAAACGCGCGGAGUGUCGCUGAAGCACAUCACGAGUUUCUCCGCUUUGGCAACCGUGGCUGAUCCAGAAACCAAAGCCGAGCAUCGAAAGGGGAAGAAGACCGCGCAGUCACACUACGACCCGUACAAUCUCAACGUUCCUGUCGUUGUUGUGACCAGUGAGGUGGCACCAUACUCUAAGACGGGAGGUCUUGGCAUGGUGGCAGCUUCCUAUGCCUUCGAAUUUGCAAGGAACGGUCAUCGGACCAUGGUGGUUUCCCCGAAGUACAAGCACUUUGAUGGGAUCUCCUACGUCGGCGAGACCCGCGUCCGGGUCAAUGACACCGAGGAGAAUGUCAAGUACUGGCACAUGCGCAAGGAUUACGAGGAGGGCAAGGGGACCGACUUCUUGUUCAUUGAGGGGUCCGGCAUUCAAAGAGAGGGCGGGCUCUACAACGACAACGACGGUCGCGAGUAUCCAGACAACCUUCAUCGGUUCACUUUGCUCUGUCUCGCGGCCAUGGAGGCGCCACUGAUUCUGGACAUCAACAGGCAGGGCAAAUAUGGUGACAAGGUGAUCUUCCUCGCCAACGACUGGCAGGCAGGCCUCGUCCCUCUCUACCUGUGCUACAAGUAUAGACGACACAACUGCUACUCCCAGGCGAGAUGCAUCUAUGUCAUCCACAACAUGGGCUACCAGGGCCAGUACCAUGGCUGUGAUGCUUGCAGGUUCUUCGGCAUCGACGACAAGGCAGCUGGAGACCUGGUUCGUGGCAACUGCAUCAAUCUGUCCAAAGGAGCACUCAUCUGCGCAGACCGGGUGCUGACGGUGUCGCCCAACUAUUCGAAAGAGAUCCAGACGCCGCACGGGGGCUUUAACUUGCAGGAUUUCGUUUCAGCGAAAGCCGCAUCCUUGCGGCUGGCGGGAAUCCUGAAUGGCAUCGAUGACUGUUGGGAUCCGGCAGUGGAUCCAGACAUCUUCGUCAACUUCAGCGUCGAGGACUUUGAGCAGGGAAAACAGGAGAACAAAGUUCAACUGCAGCGAACGCUGGGACUGGAGGAGAACCCCGAGUUGUGCCUGAUUGGCUUCGUUGGACGCCUGACGUGGCAGAAGGGUGUGGAUGUGCUCGCGUCUAUGAUCUCCUGGCUAAUGCAGGACACGGGCAACGGCGUCACGGGCCAUGUGCAGUUGAUUAUGAUGGGAAAUGGGGACAAGCAGUACUCUGACACACUGAGAUGGGCCGAAACCAACAACCGUGGCCGCAUUUGCGGCUACGUUGGUUUCGACCCCAAGGUGGAGCACCAGAUGAUGGCGGGUUGCGACCUGCUCCUGAUGCCAUCCCGCUACGAGCCUUGCGGCCUCCCUCAGAUGUACUCCCAGAUGUACGGGACGCUGCCCAUUGUACAUGCCACCGGAGGCCUCGUCGACUCUGUGAAGGAUAUCUCCGAGGGCAUUGAGGUGGCAACGGGCUUCCAUGUCAGCCCGCUGAGCUCCGACACGCUCAAGGAGACCGUGUACCGAGCCGUGGAGCUGAAUCUGAAGCGCAGGGAGGAUUUCUGUCGGAUGCAGCGCACGGCCAUGCAGAGCGAUUACUACUGGCCCAAAGCCAUGGAUGAGUAUGAAAGGCAGAUAGACAUCGUGCUCUACGAGCACGCGACGGCGCUGGCCGGCGCGUUGCCGGCAUUCCCGGCGGCCGCCGCGAGUGAUGGAGGGGCAGGGUUUCAGGCGAUCAUGUUCGCUCCGGUGAUUAGCUUGUUUGCCAUCAUUGGUGUCGCCAUGGUCCGGCUCCUGCGGGUCGGCAGAUACCCUCCUGCCUCCUAUCAUCUGAAAGCUGAGAUUGGCGGAUUUGUGCUGGGCAUCUUCGUGCCGCCAGGGGAAGGUGACUAUGGUGACUUCGAGACCACCUUGGGAGAGAGAGAGGCACGCGAGCGCGGCUGGCGCCGCGGCGUGCUGCGCGGCUACGAUGAGGAGACCUAUGCCGCCAUGCGCGGGCAGAGCAAGGAGUGGGCGCAGGCCAAAGCGGCAAAGCGGCGGCUUGGCCUCUGCUCGAAAGAGUCUAUUGAGAUCCAAAAAGGUGGACUACCCGUUCCGGAAGCCGCCCAAGCAGCCUGGCUCCCAAGGAGAAAGUGUUGGCACGAGGGGCUUGACUUGGAGCCCAGGCCGCAAAAUAUGCCACAGCUGCCAGGCUCUGGGCAGGGAAUCUUCCUCGCGGGUCCGUCUCGCGGCUGUCAGGCAGAGCGCCGCAAGGUGCACCAGCGGGUGUACCAGGGGCACCCGGCGCUCCUUCUGGAGCGCCUCCAGGCGCGCCACCGCCUGGCGCACCACCGCCUGUGCCAUCGCCCGACUCGCGCGCUGGGGCGCCGCCACCCGGUGCACCUCCAGGCUAGCCGCCCUUGGCUGUGA